AGUCAAAGUCUUCUUUGCAUUUCUAAACGUGACGAAAUAUAAAGAAUUAGAAAUACUACCACCAAACAGUCUAGACGAGAGAAAUUUUCUCCCUCAUUUAUGAUUAAUCAUUCGAGUUCGUCUUUUGGAGCAUUUCAGGAGUACAGCUUUGUGUUAGAAUGAUGAAAUAAAUAUUGGGUUUGCUCUAGCUUCAUUAAUUUUUAUGUUUGUUGGUUAGUUUUCUGUUAAGGUAUUUGGAUUCGUUUAAGGAUUGAUGAUUUAUUCGAUUUCAAAGUCUGACUUGAUUGUUUUUAAGGAUGCAGCUGGAGUCGCCGGGAACAUAUUUGCUUUAGGGCUGUUUCUGUCACCCAUAUCCACAUUUAAGAGAAUUAUCAGGAACCGAUCAACAGAACAAUUCUCAGUGUCACCAUAUAUAUAUGCACUCUUGAACUGUUUGAUCUGCUCAUGGUAUGGCAGCCCUUUCAUAUCCACUGAUAAUGUAAUGGUUAUGACAGUCAAUUCAACUGGUGCAGUUUUUCAAUUAGUGUAUAUAAUCCUCUUCAUAGUAUAUGCUGAGAAAGCCAUAAAGGUAACGGUGUUUGGAUUGCUGCUGGCAGUUUUCGUCCUAUUUGCAGCCACAGUUGUAGGGAGCUUGCAAAUUGCUGAUGGAAACAUAAGACGGCUCUCUAUUGGGCUCUUGAGUGGUGUAUCUCUCAUUUCAAUGUUUGCUUCUCCAUUGUUUAUCAUUAAUUUGGUGAUCCGAACAAAGAGUGUUCAGUUUAUGCCAUUUUAUCUCUCCCUUUCAACUUUCUUGAUGAGUACCUCAUUCUUGCUUUAUGGAAUCCUGAAUUAUGAUGCCUUCAUAUAUGUCCCAAACGGCAUAGGAAGUAUUUUGGGAAUCACACAAUUGGUGUUAUACUGUCACUAUAAAGGGCAAUCAACAGAUGACUCCAGAGAAUCCUUGAUAGAGUCAUAUGCAUAAGUAGGCAAAGUGUUGCCUUAAUUCAAUCGUUCUAUUGUCAAAUUGUGUUAGUGUGAAAAUUUAUGCACUACUUGGCAUGGAAAAUUUAUUUUGUUAUAGGAAUGACAUUGCAUACUGGUUUGCUUGGUUUCUUGGCUCAUUGGACAUCGAAAUCUUAAUCUCAGUAAAUGGUCACUUUACCAGCAGAGCGCUCGACCGCCCGACCUUUUCUGCUUAUUUGAAAGUAGGAAAUCCUUUUAUCUAAGUAUAAGCUUAAGAUUGUCUUUCAUUCUAUUUCAGUACUGUUUCUUGCACUACAAAUAAUUUUGCGGUAAAUGACCAAUGUGACACCUUAGUCGUACUCUUCAGGCUUGUGCUUAUAUUUGUCUGUACGACUCGCACUUGGACAUAAUUUAUUAUAUUUGUUAUGUGCUAGAAUUUUAAUCA